AUGCCUCUGCCUCAACCACCGGCGGCCUCGCAGGCCUCACUGUCGGCGCCGUUUUCUGUAUGUCCAUCCCAGGAGGUGUGCUCGAGCUGGGAACUAGAACAACUAGAAAAACUGACAACGCACGGCAUCAAGACACCGGAUGCCUCUCGCUUUCGAUUGCCCAAGUCCAAGCGCAGCGGCAGCAAAGGCGGGACUGAUGCAGGCUUGACACCUGCCAGCGGUGCGACGGUGCGGCCGACUCCGCGGUUUGCGCCGUCGUGGCAGAGUCGAUCACACACGAGUAAUGUGCCGACGCCGGCAUCGCAGCCAGCCGCCCGCAAGUUUCGUGUUGACGGCGCGAUCAACACUGGCAGCCGAAGUGCUAGUGUGGUCGGCCGGCGGUUCCACAGUCAUGCGCCCUUGCUGCUGCAGAACCGCAACCACCAAGACCCGUUUGAGGGCGGCGGCGAUGCGAUUGAGGACGGCAGCUCCCCCAUACAAGGACCGCCGCAGACGCCACAGACGCCACAGCGGCGCCUUGAUGAGGAAGACGAUGGGUCACCAUUGGUUGUCCGGGAAUCACCGACGGCAACGCGGACGAAACAGCCUGCGCAACCACUGCACCUACCACGGCCAGGGAUUUUCUCAGUCUCCGCUGGUGCUCGGCGGCGGAAGCAGCGUUUGGAACUGGAGGACGAGAUUGAAGAUGUGGCACCCAGCAGGAGCCAUUCGGGAAGCGAGGGCGAGGGUGCCGGCGAGGGCGAGGACAAUAGCGGGGAGAGUGCGAUUUGUGCGGCCAACACUACCCCAAGAAGCGCCGCCACAUCUGUGCCUCCCGGUCGACCGCCACUCGCAGGGCAAAAAACAUCGGCGGCGCGUCUCUUGUCGUCGAUACAGCCCUUGAAACGGCGGCGCCUGUUUGUGUCGCCGGGCCUGAUUACGAGCUCGCCACCGAUUGCAGGAUCUGAUCAAGACGACGGUGAAAGCGGAGGCGGAGGCGGGGAUGUGGACGUGGACGUGGACGUGGACGACGGCCACGAAGCGAGAAAUGAUGGCCGUCCUUCGUUUGUCCCUUUAUUCAAAAUCAAGACGGGAAACAAGCUACGCCACGGCUGGGACGGUGACGACAUUGUGGACGCGGAGAGUAGCAGCGGCAGUGGCGAUGAUGGAGGACGAUACGGCAACGAAGAGAUACGAGACAUUGUCGACUAUGGCGAGCUGUUCGAGUAUGCGGACUCGUCCGAUGACGAUGGUCAUGGCCAUGCCGCGAACAAAGUGGACAACGAAAACAGCGACACUUACGAGGACGACGCUAUGAUGGACGACGAUCACGAUGAGGACCGACGAGAGGACGACUACGACGAGGACAUGAUGUUGGACCAAACACCGCCGCGCAUCCGUCGUGCAAGACAGAGGCAGCAAGAAAAGGAACAGGAACAGGAACAGGAGCAACAGCAGCAACAAGAGCAGAAACGACUGCAUAGUCAAAGACAGCGCCUGCCUACAUUUCAACGGGCUAGGCUGUUCAUGACACGAAAGUCGACCGAUCUGGCCGGGGACGAUGCGGAUGCUGCCGAGGGCGAGAGCCUGCCUGACGGUGAAUACACAAAUAACGGUGGCGAACACACGUCUGACCAAGACUUGACGACACCCGCUCGGCAGCAGCACUAUUACGAUGCGGUUCUCCACCAACCGCCGCCCGACUUUUUCUCGCCCCAGAAGAAGCGCCGCCGGAAGCAGAAGCGGCCUCGACACAGCAGGCACAGCAACGACGAUGAAAUGGACGGCCUGGAUGGGCUGGCGAGCCCGAGUGCUACGGCUGCCGCGGCCAUUACGGCCCCCGAACAGUACGUGCCUGGUGGACUGGCAGCGUCGCUGCGAGACUGGCUGCUGCAAGUCAAGAGCGGUGGUGGGAUGCACACGGCGACAUCGAUGCCUACGGCUGCAGGUGGCCUGGGUCGAUUUGUUAUCGAUGAGACACGGCAGAUGCCUGGGAUGGUGCGCCUUGCCUACUCAGACACGCCAUACCACGAGCCGCUCCGGAUUCUCUUCUGCGGCUCCGACGCCUUUAGCUGCGCGUCCCUGCAGGCGCUCUACGAUGUCAUGCUGCAGCAAAAGACCGACGGAAUGGCUGUGUCCCCGGACCGGCCCGGCCGCAUUGCUUCUCUUGAUGUUGUCGUCCGCCCCGCCAAGCGGAGUGGCCGUGGGAUGAAGCAGGCCGUAGACAGCCCCGUCAAAGUUCUGGCCACGCAGCUGGGCCUCCCCAUCCACGAGCGCGACACGUUUACCGGCUGGACGCCGCCGCCUGCCGCGUCCGGUCGCGGCAUCAACCUUGUCGUGGCCGUCUCGUUUGGCUUGUUUGUGCCUCCGCGGCUGCUGCGCGCUGCGCGCUUCGGUGGCCUGAACGUGCACCCGUCGCUGCUGCCCGACCUGCACGGCGCCGCCCCGAUCGAGCACGCGGUGCUGCUGGGCCGGACGCGCACGGGCGUGACCGUGCAGACGCUGCACGAAACGACCUUUGACGGCGGACGGCGGCUGCUGCAGGGUCCCGUCGAGGGCCCCGUCGAGGGCCACGACAAGGUCAAUGCCGAGCACCCCUUUGGCAUCGCCCUCCCAGACCGCGUGACGGCGGCCGACCUGCACGAGAGGCUGGCCCCCAUCGGCGCACACUUGCUGAGCGACGUGCUGCGGAGGGGUCUCUACCUGCCCGAGCGUGCGUCGGAGACGCCUGUCACGUACACCCCGCCAUUCCCUCCCGCAGCCGCGCCGAAACUGAGCAAGGCCGACCGGCAGGUGGUGUGGCGUCACGUGCCGGAGGUGAGCGCGGUGAGCGCAGUGAACGCGGCCCAAACGACGUCCGCCGACAUUGACCGCCGGGCGAGGGCGUUGGGUGCACUGUGGACACACUUGGAGACACGACCGUCGUCGUCCAACGCUCCUGGCGGUCAACGGAAGCGGGCCAUCCUCGACAACAUGGGCCUCGUAUCGUGUCCGACUGCUCUCCGCGAAGCGUUGCGGACUGCGUUGGUGGCAGACCAGGGCGGCGAAUGGCCAGGUGACGGUGUGAAGGCGCUGACGUUUGUGCAAGAUGCGGCAGGACAACAAGAACAGCAACAGCAUCAGCAACAGCAACAGCAACAGCGGGUGACGCUCCCCUUUGUCGUAGACGGGACGAGCAUUGUCGUGCCCGUGGGCGUGGAUCGCACAGACCUGGACAAUGGACACGCCUGUCUGCGGAUCGGCUCUAUUAAGAUUGAGGGCUACGGCACAAAACCCGCUGCGCGGGCCGUUGGGGCUUUUUCACGUACGACCGCGUUUGCCAAGGACAUUUCCUGGGACGUCGCCUUGCGUGGUUGA